AUGGCGGCAGCUGACGUUGCUCCCCAGUUUGGAGCGGAGCUAAAGGACAACUUUAAGCCAGUCAACGCUUGGGUGUCGAACGGCAUUUCCUGGCUAGACGAGAUUCAACAAUUCUACCGCGAGCGCAGUGCCAUCGAGAAGGAAUAUGCGUCGAAGCUGACGGCGCUGGCAAAGAAAUACCACGACCGCAAGGCGAAGAAGAUUAGUGCUUUGAGUGUCGGCGAUACUCCCACCUUGACCCCCGGAUCCCUUGAGAGUGCCUCCUUGACAACAUGGACGACCCAAUUGAACGCUGUUGAAUCUCAUGCCGCCGAGCGAGACAAGUUUGCCACGGAAUUGGUCGGCCAUGUCGCAGAACCUCUAAAACAAGCCGCUGCCCAAUAUGAGGAGAUUCGCAAGUGUCAUGCUGAAUAUCAUGCAAAGCUGGAGAAAGAGCGUGAUGCAUCAUAUGGCGAAUUGAAGAAGGCCAAGGGCAAAUAUGACGGAGCCUGCCAGGAAGUUGAGUCGCGGCGAAAGAAAAUGGAGUCGUCCUUUGACCAUAGCAAAGCCAAGGCCCAGUCCGCGUACCAACAGCAAAUCCUGGAAAUGAAUAACUACAAGAAUCUCUACCUUAUUAGCAUCAACGUCACGAAUAAGCUCAAGGAGAAAUUCUUCCAUGAGUAUGUCCCUGCUGUCUUGGAUGGCCUACAAGACCUCAAUGAGACGAGAGUCAAAAGACUUAACGCGCUGUGGUCUCUUGCUGCGCAACUCGAGGAAACCUCCCUAACAAAUUGCAUGAACCACGCCGCCAACCUCCUCAGCGAGAUUCCUCGCAAUGACCCCCGACUAGACUCCAUGAUGUUUCUCCAGCACAAUGUCACGCAAGCUCAGGAGCCUGGAGAUAUGGGCUUUGAGCCCAGUCCCGUGUGGCACGACGAUGCUUCUAUCGUUGCUGAUGAAGCCGCGAAGGUCUUCCUGCGCAAUAUCCUUGGAAAGAGCAAGACGCAGGUGCACGAGCUGCGGGUGGAGGCGGAUAAGAAGAAACGUGAAGUGGAGAAUGGCAAAAAGACGCGCGAGGGCAUCCAACAGGGCAAGGAUAAUCGCAGUGAGGUUGAUGUCGUGCGAGGCAUUUUCUAUUUGCAGGAGGCUUUGCAUGAGGUAGAACGCAAGUGGGUCACUGCGGAGGUGGAAACAUCCACGAUUAUGUCUGUGGCUGGAGACUUGUCUGUGGGAGCCCAAAACCAUAACUUCCGAUCGCAAACCUUUAAGAUUCCCACCAACUGUGACCUGUGUGGCGAGCGCAUCUGGGGCCUGUCUGCCAAGGGCUUUGACUGCCGGGACUGUGGCUAUACCUGCCACAGCAAGUGUCAGAUGAAGGUGCCAGCCGAGUGUCCAGGCGAGCAGUCAAAGGAAGACAAGAAGAAGCUCAAGACCGAACGACAGGAGCAAGCCGGGGCUGUGCCUGCUAUCGGCAUUGACUCUUCGGCGGCGUCAACAGCUGCACCAUCUCUCACACGCCAAAACACCAUGAACUCGCUCAGCUCGGGAUACGCUGCCAGCACUGCGCGGUCCAUGUCGGUCUCCCAUGACAUGACUCAACCCACUCCUGAGCACCCUGCAGAGGCAGCUCCUGCCCCCGUUGCUGAAACUAAGCCUGCGGCGGCGAAACGGCACAGGGUGUUAGCUCCGCCUCCAACCGCAUACUCGAGCGCGUCGCCUGUCAAUGAAUCCAGUGCGUCCCCCUCGAAGGAGCCAAGAGGCAAGAUGCUUUACGCCUUCCAGGCCACCGGGGCGGAGGAGGUGACCGUGCAAGAUGGGGCCGAGGUGACAAUUGUUGAGCCCGAUGAUGGAUCCGGGUGGAUGCGUGUCCGUUCUGGAUCCCAGGAAGGUCUUGUCCCUUCCUCCUAUGUUGAGGCUGCCCCUGCCCCGUCCCCCGCACCGUCGGCAAGUCCCGCCCUAACCGACCGACCGGGCUCGAUUUACUCGAACUCCUCGGCCUCGCUGGCCGGUAGCGCGGCCCUCAAGCGCGUCGGCCCCGCAGUGGCGCCCCGGCGCGGCGCCAAGAAACUACAAUAUGUCGAGGCCUUGUACGACUAUGAGGCGCGCAGCGACGUGGAAUGGUCGAUGACCGAGGGUGAUCGGUUUGUUCUGAUCACCCGGGACAGCGGCGAUGGGUGGGCCGACGUUGAACGGGGUGGAGUCACUAAGAGCGUUCCUGCAAGCUACAUCCAGGAGGUGUAA